AUGCCCUUCUACCAAGUGUCUCCUGGAUUUGGCGGCGAUUGUCAAGUCCGCAAUCAAGGUCGUAGACAUCGGUUUCAUCACCAUCCUCAUCAUCAUGGGCCACCUCCUCCUCCUCAUAUGAGACACGUGUCUGGACGACGAGGACCUCGAUCCAUGAUGCCUGCAAAUAAGGACACCAACGAGUCGCCUUCUGAGGAGUCUAAAUGUGCUGAAUCCAAUUCCUUUUCGGAUUCGAAUCAGCAUCCGCAUCAUAAGCAUCAUCAUCAUCAUCAUGGGCCUCCUCCUCCUCCUCCUCACAUGAGAGGACCCAUGUUUGGAAGACGGGGACGCCGAUUCAGCAACGUGCCCCGCAAGUCACCAGAGGAAACAAAGACUGAGCAACCAGAAGGAUCCAAGUCACCAGAACACGAUGGAAAUCUCCAUAUUCCUUUUUGGGGAAAUGGCCCUCAUCGCCACAGUAGUCCUCCAGCAGGUCCUUCUCAUUUCCAUCGGCGUCAUCGUCACCGUCACCGAAACCAUCAUCUUCACAAAAAGAUGAUGCUUUUGUCUCUGUUGCAGGGUCAGCAGCAUGCCAUGGAUAAGUUCGAACAAAGUCACAACAAUGGUAGUGAAAAUUUCAAAUCGGGUGCUGCUAGAAAGACAUCCCAUCCUGCACCACCAUCUGCACCACCAUCUGCACCAACAAUCAUGCAAGUCCCCCAACAGUGGCAUGUUGAAGAAACCGAAACCUCACUGAUUGUAUCUAUCGAUGUUGCUGGAUUUCGCCUGGAGGAUCUCGAGCUCAAGGUCGAGCACGGUGUCUUGGCUUUAUUUGGACAACGAAUCAAUAGUCUUGGCGAUAUCUUUGAGUUGAAUCGCACCAAGAUGCUCGAUCCUACCAUGUUCGAUGAGGCUGGUAUCGAAGCAAGAUGCGACAAUCAAGAGGACGGUGCUACCUCUAUUCUUAGUAUUACUAUUCCGAAGAAAGAAUACAUUCGUCAACAGGAUACGAUCCCCAUUCGUCGUCGUGUUUCUGAAGAAUCUAAUCCAGAAGACUUGGAACCAGCUACCACUGUCGUGACUGCUAUUCCGUCCGAAAAAGAUCUGACAGAGAAUACAUCAUCUGAUCGCCUCGAAGAGAGCAUCGUCUUUGUUCCCGAGGCAGAAAUUAUCGAGGAAGAAUCUUUGGAUCAAGUCCAAGUCGAGACGGUUGAUGAAGAUUCAGUUGAAGAUGCUUCCAUCGCCCGAGAACAGUUGCCACGAUCCGCCACCACCUCCCAAUCCGUGACAUCCUCGGAUACAACCCAGUCCUGGGAAGAUCUCAAUAUGGACGGGAAGGAGUAA